AUGUUCGAGAGAAAGCUCAGAUCAGGCACGGCGAUCUUUCUGUGCAUGUGCUUCACGUUGGGGAAUGAGGAUGUUGCCUCCGAAAGGGUUCUCCCCUCCUUGCAACACGACCGAGUCAUCCAGCAGCUUGAGAGUGCCAUUUCCUCUGAUUUCCUCAAGAAGAAGGCUGAGAUCAUGAACUGGAAGGCCUAUGGCUCAUUGCGAGUGUGGGACACGGACGUUCACAUCUGUCAGUAUGUGAAACCCGCUCUCCGGGGUAUCGGGGGAGUGAUCAAGAGCAGGUGGGGAGAUUUCAGAGUAACAGAAAGGCGGUUGGAGGAUAACUCUUGCGCUGAAAUUACGGACCUGUCAUGCCAAGUGAAAGGAGAGCGAGGGAAGUUCCUGAAGUUUGUGCUGUACAAAGCGGGAAGGGAUACCUUCGAGAUGGUCAGGAGGUUGGCGCAAGAGCUGGGGCUGACGACGCAAGACAUCUCGUUUGCGGGGUUGAAGGACCGGGGAGGAAUAACACAGCAGGAGCUCUGCAUUGAAUCUCGUCUCGCUUCUCCGGAGAAAAUCCUAGCUCUCAACGGCGUUUUCAAACGAGUGCUGGUUGGGAACUUCAUGUGGAGCAGCCACGGGCUGCAUUAUGGCGAGCACUCCGGAAACACGUUCUCGAUUGUGGUCAGGCACAUAGAGACUGAUCUGGAGAUGACGAGGAAAGCGGUUCGUAAAUGGAAGAAGCAUGGGUUCUGCAACUACUAUGGCCAUCGAAUUCCUUCAAUUGAAGUCGGACGAGCUCUCGUGAAAGGUCAUUUCCGAGUCGCUGUAGACGCUGUAUUGGAUCCAAGCUUUGCAAUUGGCCACGAAGAGCGACAGGCGAAGGAACGAUGGAUGAAUGGGAAGAACUUGAAGUCUGCAAGCGAAGCCCUUCGAGAAAUGCCGUUUGAAUGUGCAAACGAGAGGUUUGUCUUGCAGAGCUUGAUCAAACAAUCCAAGGAUUUGAACAACAAUCGGCAGGAUUUCUCAAACGACCAAAUGAGAAAGGCAUGCGAUACCAUGCCUCAACGAUUCAUCUUCAUCCAAUCGUUCUGGAGCAGGCUGUGGAACGAGGCGCUGACGUUGCGCAGCAAUCUAUACGGGUUAAGAGGUUGUGUUGAAGGGGAUCUAGUGCGAUUGAGGACGGAGAAGCGAGACGAUGGAAUGAAAGUGGAUCAUGUGCAUGUUGUGACCGCAAGCGAAGCCAAGAACAAGAAGUUCGACAUCUUUGACGUUGUUCUUCCGGUCUUUGGAGCAGGAGUCGAGGUCAAGUAUCCCAACAACAAGCUGAAGUAUCUCAUGGAGAAACUCCUUCACCGCGAGGGAGUCUUCGGGGUCGUCAAGCAGAUCAGGAAGAAGGCAGGAGUCCUUCUCCCUCAGCGCGUUUGUUCUUAUCGUUCUAUUGUGACAAGACCCAAGAAUGUCUCCUACAAGUUCAUCAACUAUCGCCCGGGUCAGCAUGACCUUCAGACUGUCCACUCGUGCGGGGGCGGGGACAUUCGAAUGGACAAGAACACUUCCAACCUCGUCUAUCAGCACCCGACAGUGGGGAGGAACUCGAAGCGGAGGGCGUCGGUGGACGAGGAAGGGAUGAAGCUGAGGAUCAGGACAGAGGAAGGUGGAAAGGAGCAGCAGUACAGGUGGAAUGCGUUGUGGAUCAAGUUCACGCUCGAUCCCGGGUCGUUCGCAACGAUGAGUCUGCGGGAGCUGAUGAAGACGAGCACGCACCCGUCCAGGAUGUACCAUCUGCGCAAGCUGUACGAGCUGGAGGAGGAGGGGCAGGAAUGGGAUCUUCUUCUCCGUCCUCUCGGUAACAGGAAUAUGAGUGUACUUCUGGACCCCGACAAGUUCAUCGAGGAGGCUGUUAGUCGAGCACUUGCUGAACGGAUGGGCAGUGUGCAAGCCUGA